AUGGCAAUGACGACGGCGGCGGCACCACCACCGAGGCGCGAUCUCCUAUGCGGACCUCACGCCGACCGUCGUAUCGUGGAGUGGAUUACCGGGCUCAACCUGCUGUGGAGGAAGCUGUCGAGGCGACGUGAGGCCACGAGGUCCCAGGGCCCGGCGUCGAACGAGGUCUUGGCGAACGUCUUCCAGCGGCUGUCGCCCAGGUCCAUCGCUGCCUGCUGUGCCGUGUGCCUCAAGUGGUCCGUGCUGCUCUCUUCGCAGCGCUUCGCGUCCCUCGCCGCCGACGACGGCAACGCCAGCUCGACCGCAUGCUUCGCUGGCCUCGACGGUGCCAAUGCGGGCCGCGCCCGGCACCAGCGCGGCGACACCGUGACAGCGGCAACUUGGUUUCCGCCGCUGGCCAAACGUCAGCACAGGCGAUCUAAGAAGAGGCAAGCGUUCCGGCGCAUGUUCUGA